AUGCACUUCAAGAUACUGUUGUUGGGCGAUUCUGGCGUGGGCAAAACCAGUCUGCUGCAGCGCUUCAUGGGCGGACGUUUCACGGCCCGGUACCACAGCUCCGUGGGUGUGGAGCUGGGUAUACACUACAUUGAGGUGGCCGGACAGGUGGUGCAGCUACUCAUCUGGGAUGCGGCCGGCGAGAAGCGUUUUCGUCCCCUGUUUCCCAGCUACUAUCGUGAAGUGCACGGCAUUAUGCUGGUCUACGACACCACAAAACCAUCCAGUUUCAGGAGCUUGCCGUGCUGGCUGGAUGAGAUCAAAAUGUUCAGCCAGCGGGACGUGUGCAUUGUCCUGGUGGGCAACAAGUGCGAAAAUCUGAAAUGCCGCAAGAUCAGCCAACUGCAGGGACUCACCUUUGCCGACGGCAAGGGACUCGCCUUCUGUGAGGCAUCCGCCAGGAGCGGGGUCAAUGUUGACCAAAUCUUUGCCACUCUCUCGCUCAAGAUACACGAAACCUAUCAGGCGCAAUACUCUGACAUCUACACUGUUCGCCUGAAGUCGCCCAAGCCUAAGCUGGAAUCCCCACUGAAGGACACUGGCAGUUUCCGCUUGGUUGCUUCGCCGGGCCCAAAGAAUAGCAAAAAAUUUUGUUGUUGGUGA